GGUCCUCGGGCAACAGGUGGCAAUCUACCCCUGGGCAGGGGCUCGGGCAACAGGCGCCAACCUACCACUCGGGGACUCAAUGGGACUCUAGCUGUGGAGACUGGCCACAGCACAGCUUCCACCCAGCUUUCUAGGGUCAUUGGGUUCACGGGGACUCAACGGGUAGCGAUGGCUCAAGCACUCAGGGGCACCACAGGACACGGGUGGUCAGUGCACACACAGCGGGGCAGUUCGGAACACGGGUGGUCGGUGCACACAGCGGGGACAGUUCAGGACACGAGUGGUCGGUGCACACACCGGGGACAGUUCCAAACACGGGUGGUCGGUGCACACAGCAGGCACAGUUCAGGACACAUGUGGUCAGUGCGCACAACAGGGACAGUUCAGGACACGGGUGGUCGGUGCACACAGCGGGGACAGUUCAGAACACGGGUGGUCAGUGCACACAACAGGAACAGUUCGGACACACGGGUGGUCAGUGCG